CGCAGAAGGAAUUAUACAAGCGUGCUGUAAUGUUAUGCACUCCAAGUUCACACUUUUCUGAGUUUGUAAGAUCAGCUAAACGUUUAUAAAGACACAUGGCUGGGAAUAUAAAAGAUAAAGAAGCAUUUCAACGCCUCAAUUUCCUCUAUCAGGCUGCUCACUGCGUUUUGGCUCAAAAUCCAGAGAACAUUGAAUUAGCUCGAUUUUACUGCUUCACACAGAAGAUGAUCUCUAAACGACUGGUUCUCAGACAAGACCCUUCAGUGAAGAGAACCAUUUGCAAGAAAUGCUACACUUUACUAAUACCAGGUGUCACAUCAACUGUACGACAAAAAAGAGGAAAGGGGCGACAACAUAAGACUAUUGUACGAUGUUUAAGUUGUGGACUGACCAAACAAUUCCCAAACAACCCAAAACAUAAACUGUGGGUGGACCAACCAGAGGCUCAACUAGAAAACCAGACUUCUCAAGAUGCUGGUCCUUCAUCUAACUCCACAACCCAAGGGAGGAAAUGUGAUGCAAGUGGUUCAGCGUCCACAGCAGCGAAGACUACACCUACAGCUCAAACAAAUAAAACUAAAUCUUCAUGAUACUUGUUUUAUGAGACUGUCUUGAGGCAUUAGAAUAGCUUCAACUGUUUGGUUAUAUCCUAUUAUUAGUUUUAUUCUCCUGACAUGGUGUGCAAUAUUAUUUUUCAUCCGCAUCGAAUGGAUGUUUUGAUUUGCAAUAAAGUGAUCCUACUGUAAGAGGCUGA